GGAAAUUGCAGACUGUCGCGCAGUGCUGACGCUGCUCACUUUGUCAACAACGUCCCUCCAGUAGCCUACAAGACGUUUGUUAAAGAACAAUGAUAGCUGUCGGUUUGACCUGUAUCUUCAUAAAGUGAACUUUCUUUCCGGGCAGUAAUGGGGGACAUUUUUAUCCUGUGAACAACCCCAAAAGCGAUGAUACCCGUCCCGUUGGUGGUGUGUGUUUUGGGGGGCUGGUGUGCUGUCUACCUUACUGACACACUGCUGAAGUCCUCAGUGUCGCAUCGUCAUGGUUAUGAAGCAUGGCUGACGAGUAGAGGGCUGGCGUUGUCUCCUUUCCACCUGCGAUGGCAAACCUCGCUCUUCAACCGCCUGUUUGCACGCUGUGCACGCAUCAAUCCCCAUGUCCUGUACCUGUGGUUCAGCAGUGGUCUGGUGUUCGGGGUGGUGGCCAUGGUGGGCUCGGUGGUGUUGCUAGGCAGAACUCUGCAGCAGACACUCGCUCAGAUGACCUCGGACAACCCUCAGGGAGCCAAUCAGCAAACGCUACAGGUGGUGGUACCAGGAGUGAACCUGCCUGUCAGCCAGCUUGCUUAUUUCUUCUCUGCUCUGCUGCUCAGUGGAAUCAUACAUGAGCUUGGCCAUGCCGUGGCUGCUCUGAGGGAGCAGGUGAGGGUGAACGGGUUUGGGAUGUUUGUGUUUGUGGUGUACCCUGGAGCCUUCGUGGAUCUCUUCACCACCCACCUCAACCUCAUCUCUCCCGCCCAGCAGCUCCGCAUCUUCUGUGCAGGAGUAUGGCAUAACUUUGUUCUCUGCUUGGUGGCGUUGUUUUUCCUCUUCCUGUUGCCUCUGUUACUGUUUCCUGUCUACACCACCGGAAUGGGUGCCCUGGUCACAGAGGUGGUGCAGGGCUCCUCAGCAGACGGCCCCAGAGGCCUGUGCGUGGGUGACCUGGUGACGGGGCUGGAGGACUGUCCUGUCAGAGGGGUGGAGGACUGGGCCUCCUGCCUGACACACCUCUCACACACCCCCCAGACCGGCUACUGUGUCCCCAGGGCCGGCCUGCAGCCCAGCUGGGCCCACGGGCGAGCCUUCAAGCGCCUGGACGGCUCCAUGGAGUGCUGCAGCAACAACAGCCUGACAGACCUCUGCUUCUCCUUCAGCAACCAGCGAGACAAGGAGGUCAGAGAGUACUCGUGUCUGCCGGUGCGGAAGAUGGUGACAGGCACCCGGGCGUGCCACAGCGACGCCGACUGCCUCGCUCACUCCUCGGAGGCCAGCGUGUGUGUCACCCCCGCUCUGGAGAACCAGACCCGCUUCAUCCGCGUCACGCACCCUCCCAACACACACAUGCUGUUCGUGGGCUACCCUCCGCACCUCCAGUACGCAGUGAGUCUGACCAACUUUGUUCCUCGGUUCACCUUCAUGCACCUGGACCUGCCCGUGGUUCUGGAAACCUUCUGCAAGUAUGUGAUCUCUCUGUCCGGUGCGUUAGCUGUGGUCAACUCCGUCCCCUGCUUUGCUCUGGACGGCCAAUGGAUGCUGUCCGCUCUCCUGGAGGCUACCCUGGUCACCGUAGUAACGGACCGCCAGCGGAGGGAGCUGAUUGGCUUCUUCCUGCUGCUGGGAGGCAGCGCCCUGCUGGCAGCCAAUGUGGCGCUGGGACUGUGGAUGGUCACCGCCCGGUAGCCACGGCAACAAAAGCCAUGGCAACAGAUGUCACGGCUGUUUUGAGAUGAGAGACUACGUCUCCCAGGGUACCUUGCUCCUUGUCCAUGCCAAAGAGCAUUGUGGGUUUUUCCUGUGUGGAACGCCAACCUCUGGACGAAGCUGUCUCCUCAUUCGGGAGGAGACUCCAAUAACCCCCUGAUGUGUGUGGUGGUCCGGAAGAUUGUGGGAAAUGUAUUUUGCAGCUCUGCAAAAUCUUACUGGAACUGAAGACUGAGGGAAGAGCAUGGUUCUUCCAGACACACACACGUCUUUUGCCCGUGCACACACACAUGCACAACACCCACAUUGACUAGCACCCCGUAGGACUCACAUAUUCCUCUUUAGCAUCUUGUCAAACCUGUUGAAGUCUCUGUCGUGUAAGGGGUAUGCGUCUCGUCUUUCUUCCUUGUAAUUCUCUGCUGCUGUUCACUACUCUCUGUCCAUCAUGUUGAAUAAAUUGGUUCCGGUG